AUGGCACCGGAGCUAGAAGUCGCUAUAGUAAAAGCCACCAGUCACGACGACGAUCCCGCCGGCGAGAAAUACAUACGAGAAAUCCUCCAGCUCACAUCGUACUCACGAGGCUACGUCAGCGCUUGCGUCCACGCUGUUUCCAAAAGAUUAAGCAAGACUCGUGAUUGGAUCGUCGCCCUAAAAUGUUUAGUCCUCAUCCACCGACUCUUAAACGACGGCGACUCAGUUUUCCAGCAGGAAAUCAUGUACGCUACUAGAAGAGGAACCAGAUUGCUAAACAUGUCAGACUUCCGUGAUGAAGCACACUCCAAUUCAUGGGAUCACUCCACUUUCGUUAGAACUUACGGGUUUUACCUUGAUCAGAGACUCGAUUUGAUUGCAUAUGAAAGGAAGCAAACCGGUGGCAGCAAUGGCAGUGGCAAUGGAGAUUCCGUGAGGUCCAGGGAAGAUCAAUGGAGAUCUCCACCAAAUCGCGGAUACGAUUAUGAUGAUGAACCAGGGUAUGGAAAUAUAAGAAAAUCAAGAUCUUCAGGAGAUGUUAGAGAAGGAUCUGGAUCAUCUCACGACAAGAAAGAUACAAAUACAACCCCUUUGAGAGAUAUGAAACCUGAAAGAAUCUUUGGGAAAAUGGGACAUUUACAAAGGCUAUUAGACAGGGUAUUAUCCUGUAGACCUACUGGUCUAGCAAGAAACAGUAGAAUGGUUUUAGUUGCCUUAUACCCAAUUGUUCAAGAAAGCUUCAAACUUUAUGCUGAUAUAUGUGAAGUUUUAGCCAUUUUACUCGAUCGAUUCUUUGAUAUGGAACAUCAAGAUUGUGUGAAAGCAUUCGAUGCUUACGCAACUGCUGCAAAACAGAUUGAUGAACUUGUAGGGUUUUAUAAUUGGUGCAAAGAUAUGGGAAUUGCAAGAUCAUCAGAGUAUCCAGAAGUUCAGAAAAUCACAGGAAAAUUACUAGAAACUUUAGAAGAAUUUGUAAGAGACAGAGCAAAAGCUACAAAAAGUCCCGAAAAAAAACCCGAAGCUAUCGAACAAGUAAAAGAAGAACCCGUUCCUGACAUGAACGAAAUCAAAGCUUUACCGGCACCGGAGAUUCAUCCUCCACCACCACCGCCACCGGAGGUGGCGGCUCCACCACCAAAACCGCAACACACCGGCGACUUAGUCGACUUACGGGAGGAAUCGGUGACAGCCGAUGACCAAGGAAAUAGAUUCGCGUUGGCUUUGUUCGCCGGUCCGGCGAAAGGUGGCGGCAACGGAAACUGGGAGGCUUUUGGCGGCGGCGGCGAGGCGGAGGUGACGUCGGCGUGGCAGAAUCCGGCGGCGGAGGCCGGAAAAGCUGAUUGGGAGCUUGCGUUGGUGGAAACCGCUAGUAAUUUGGAGAAACAGAAGGCGGCAAUGGGCGGUGGGCUUGACCCGUUGUUGUUGAACGGAAUGUAUGACCAGGGAAUAGUGAGGCAACACGUGAGCACCACCAGUUUGAGUGGCGGCAGUGCAAGUAGUGUGGCUUUACCGGGGAAAUCGUCUGGUGGCACACCGGUGUUGGCCCUCCCGGCUCCUGACGGGUCGGUUCAACCCGUGGGUGGUGACCCGUUUGCUGCUUCGUUAAGUGUCCCACCACCUGCUUAUGUCCAAAUGGCGGAUAUUGAAAAGAAACAACACUUGCUUGUUCAAGAGCAGAUGGUUUGGAAUCAAUAUGCGAGAGAUGGAAUGCAAGGUCAAGUUAGUUUGGCUAAAAUCAAUAAUGGUGGAUAUGUUGCACCGGGUCAACCACCCAUGAUGCCUUAUGGAGCUCCACCUGUAAACGGAUCCGGGUACUACUAUCCUACUUACUAA